GAUAUUUGAAAGGGAAGAAGCCCCUAUAAAGCUGCAGCACUGAGCAGCCCAGCCAGCAGUGUCAGUGGGCACAGGGAGCUUCGCCGCCACCAUGAACUUCUCCGGCAAGUACCAGCUGCAGAGCCAGGAGAACUUCGAGCCCUUCAUGAAAGCAAUUGGUCUGCCCGAUGACCUCAUCCAGAAGGGGAAGGACCUCAAGGGGGUGUCGGAGGUGGUGCAGAACGGGAAGCACUUCAAGCUCACCAUCACCACCGGCUCCAAGGUGAUCCAGAACGAGUUCACCCUGGGGGAGGAGUGUGAGCUGGAGACCAUGACCGGGGAGAAGAUCAAGACAGUGGUCAACAUGGAAGGUGACAACAAGCUGGUGACAACUAUCAAAAACAUCAAGUCUGUGACUGAACUCAACGGUGACAUCAUCACCAGUACCAUGACUGUGGGUGACAUUGUCUUCAAGAGAAUCAGCAAGAGAAUCUAGACAAGUCUGCAUUUUAUAUUCUUUUACUGUGUAAAAUUAAUGUAAUAAAGUGAAGUUUGUUUUAAAAAUGA